GCAAUUCACGACACAAGCGCGUUAUUUGCUCAGGCUUGUAACGAAAACAAUGGCUUGAUGCCAUCAACUCGCUUCGUUUGCCGGCGACGUGUCUGCAGGAAAGUUGAAACUCAACGAUUCACACUGCACAGUCGGAGGUGUUCUGAAAUGAGUGAAACAAGCUGAAAAUUUAAAACUGAGAUGGGCCUGGUGGUAUUUAGGUCGGUUGACAGGUGAUAGAUAUCGGGACAGCUCUUUCCUUUCUACGACCAUGCCAUCGAGAGAGAUCGCCGACGAAGCAGAGGCUGUUACUUGUGAGCAGUAUGCCUCUUCCACACUGGCAGGGGAAGGAGAGGAGCACCCGGAUCCGACUCGGUCACACUCUGUGGUCUCCCGGAGAGAGUUGUGGAGCUAUUAUCUUUACUGGAACGGAAGCUGUGGGAUCGGAGCAGGAUUCGUCCGAACGCUGUUCACCCUUGCUGCCUUCCAAGCUGGCUACGAUGCAGUCGAGGGUCCGGGAUCGAGAUGCACUACAUCCGAGCGUUGCUUGCUUGUCUGGACGGGCGAAAAGACAGUGUCGAUCACUACCGCCUUAUUUCUCGCAGAUGGGGCUGCUUUGGUCGUGUUGGCCGCGAUUGUUACGAUCGUCUCGAGCGCUGCUGAUUACGGCAAGAUGGGACGAUGGGCUCUGCUCAUCUUCACUGUAUCAUACUGGCUCUCCCAGCUCUCAAGCAUACCUUUGACGGACAACGCAUCGAGUUGGAGUUUCGCCUUGAUCAUCUAUGUAGUGAUUUCGAUCUCCUAUUACGGCGCAGUGAUCUUUGCCAGCGCUGUACUUCCGCGCCUGGCGAGAAGCUUGCCAGCGGCUAAAUACUUCCGAGCUCGAUACGCAGGCGGGGAGAUAUCCGCCGCUGAGUUUGAUGCCGAGGAGAGCCUCAACUUGAGCAGAAUCAGCAGUUUCAGCCAAGCUCAUGUCAAGAUCGGAUACCUUGCAUUUAAUUGCAUCUUCUUGAUCCCUUGGUUCAGUAAUGGGAUGAAUACUUUGGUGAUAGCACCGACUGUCUACUGGAUUAUCCUGGGUAUCUGGUGGUUUGUUCUCGAAAAACCGCGCCCCGGCCCUGCCAUUCCGCAAGAUGCGAGCUGUACUACCGUGGGCAUCAAACAGAUGUGGAGGGCAAUCAGAGACUGCAAGGUUCUCUCUCAGACGUUCAUCUAUCUUGCUUCGGUCUUCGUGCUGACCAAUGGAAUCGAAUCGACUGUGCAAGUCGUCGAGUCGCGACAGUUCCGGCACUUCAUUGAGCGUCAACAAUACGGAACCAUUGAGGUCUUGGUAUUCGUCCAGACACUGGUGGCUGUUUUAGGCACGAUCGGCUUUUGGCGCAUCCAGAAAUACCGGCGCAGUGGAAACAAGACAAUGCUCGGUAUGAUUCUGGCGCUCAGCUCGAUACUUCCAGCGUGGGGAUCCUUGGUCGGCUUCCACACUACAUGGGAAUUCUGGGUCUCCAACGUCCUAAUUGGGAUAGUUCGAACACCAUACAACGCAUAUGCGAUAACAAUGAUGGCUGAGCUGACUCCGCCGGGAUUCGAGAACAUGUUCUUUGGACUUUUUGGACUGUCUGCGCAAGCGAGUCGGUUCCUCGGCCCGCUGAUUCGCAAGCACAUAUUUGAUUGGAACGAUCUUGCUCUGCCGUUCUUCUCCUGCGUGUGCGGUCUUGUCCUUGUCCUACGUUUCGUCAGUGUCCAGCAGGGACGGCAAGAUGCGCGUGCGUGGGCAGAGAAGAUGCGGCCGUCAGCGGGGAUCACCAGGUCCAAUUGAGCGGGUAGGCAAGGAUACACUUUUCGAUUCGAACAUCGCCAUCAGAUAACUCGUUUCGUUUGAACACGCACAUGACAUUGAUUGAGAGAAAUCGAACAUUAUCACGUGCCUGCCGUUCGAUCUGUUCAUGGGUGGCUUUCUUCGGAGAAACAGCAAUGACACGAAGCAACCAGUCCUUUGUCAAAUACUUCCAACAGACUCGACGACCAGUGUUAUCUGCCCUCCGUGUCAUGGCUGUCCCUCACAGUCGAGCUCGAGCUCCCUGACAUGUAGUUAAAUUGACCGG